GGGCAGACGUGCUGACUUUGGUGUUUGUGGCAGCUUCCGCAACAACCCCCUUAGGAGCUUGCUUGGGAUCCCUCGAAAACUUCCGGGCGAACUCCGCGGUUCUUCCUUUCUUCAACCCGCAGACAGCGCGCGGGCUGGCCUCGAUUCCAACCAGCCACGCUGGGCACGCUCGGUGUUCGCUUGGAGUCAUUUACCUCACCGUUGUACCUCCCGAGCCCUGUCUACAGCAAUGGCUCCGACCCUCCGCUCCUCUUCCUCCCUUAUUCCCUCCCGACCUAACACACCACCUGAUGCGCCCAUGAUGGCAAGCACAACUAAUUCAGUCACCGAAGCCGCGAGGCCCGCAAAGCAACGGCGCACGGGCAUAGACUCGCGGGAGGCCACCGCUCCGCUACAGAACGCGACGGAGUCGCAGGACAAUGGAAGCAAAGACUGGGCCGAGCCUCCUGCAAGAGCGCCGGCCCCUAGCUAUGCGGAUAGCCCAUGGUCAAAUCACUGUGAUAGUCGGAACCCAGUUCUGAACACGAUGCGCCCUUUAGGGACUCGACCUUCUCCGGCAGACUUGCGGAAGGUCGGCGUGAUGCCCAAGACAAUUCCACCCAUAAUACCCGCCAAAAGAAGGUCUGGAGUCGAGUCCAAUGAGGCUGCGCCACAGAAGGCCAGCUCACUUUUUGACAUUUCCGCGUUUGCGGCGCUUCCCAUCCCCACCUCCGCGGACUUCAACGUGGAGAAGAUCCAAGUGGCCGUCAAGGAGGCUCUACGGAUGGCGACAGAGACCGACAACAUCCCGGUAAGCCGCGGGCUCCUCCGCUUGUGGGAAUCCUGUGCCAAUGAUCCCUUUUCAUUAUCUGUGUUGGAGGGUGUAUGCCAAGGAAAUCCUGGCUCGCGGGAGAAGUCAGCAUUUCAGAGCAUCAUGCGGGCCGCCUGGAACGAGGUAAAGGCAGAAGAGCUUCGCGCACAGGCAGACGAGGACAAAGGGGAAACAGAGGUUGACUCAAUGCCAACUGUGCCUCGCGCUCGAUCGGCUAGUAGCGUUUCGUCGUUGUCUUCACUAAAUACAUUUGAGGACGUUGAGGCCGGGGCGGUCUCAGCACAGCUCCCAGGGUCAGCCCCUGGAAUCAAGAUUCCCCGCGCAAAGGCCAAACACACCCGUUCCGCCGGACUCAAUAAAGGUGCAGCAGACCUCACAGCUCGCCAUUCUAUGCCACCAACAACGGUCAGCUCUCAACUGAAGCAUGCUUUAGAAGAGGACGAGACGCAGUCUGAAGAAUUAGACAGAAUAGACAGGGUGAAGCGGAUUAAGCUUCGGACACCACUGCCAACCAUCGUCCCUGCUGAGAGUCAAGUCCGACCCUUACACCCUACUGAUAUCCCAACCCCAGUUCGCUCACCUACUCCCCCUUUCGCCCAUCCCUCCGCACCAACGCCCCCUCCAGCUCAGCCAGUUGCUCCCGCUCCCUCAGCUGAAUUUGUAGCAUCAGCCCCUCUCGCAUCCUCCUCUGGAGAAACUGCAGAAAACCUUUCCGACAGUCGAGCCAGCAGUGAAGCUGGUGACAACCGCCGACUCACGCCUACCAUGGUUGAUGAUAGCGAUGUUGAAGACGAGAGACCUGACAACGACGAGAUCUGCCACGAAUGCAACAACAGCGGCAAUCUCCUUUGCUGCGACGGUUGUACUAAUUCUUACCAUUUCUCAUGCUUGAAACCCCCACUAGACCCAAACAACCCUCCGGAGGGAGACUGGUAUUGCCCCAAGUGUGCCAUGCGACGGGCCUUCCGUUCUUUGACUAGCAAGUUUGAUCAGCGCUUUGGCAAAAAGGAUGUCAAGGACUUUCAGCUUCCAGCCCGUAUUCGGGAUCAUUUCGCCGGUGUUAGGGUGAACAAGAAAGACGGUCAAUCCUACGAGGCCAUAGUUCCAAUGCCAAAGCCUAAAGGUCGACGUGGUUACCGUAAUGGUACUUACGACGAUUCUCAUUUGCUGAGGACAGUGGACGCUCUAGGGACUCCCAUCUUCUGCUUCAAGUGCGCAGGAAGUGCCGCUAGCGGUCGGCCUAUCAUCCAGUGCGAUGUCUGUCCACUAUCCUGGCAUCUGGAUUGUCUUGAUCCGCCUAUGGCCGCGCCCCCCGCUCAAGUUCCAGGAAGUGAUCUCGCACACCACAACUGGAUUUGCCCUAAUCACGCCUGGCAUGAUUACGUUUACGCCUCCAAGGACGAAGAAGGAUACGAUGUCUACAAGCGUAUUCGCCGGCCAAAGCACCCCCGGAUGGUCGAUAUAGACGUUCUCCUCUCCGACGACGAGAUCACCCAGAUGGAAGAUCAGGAAGAAGGCAGCGUCAGGUACCGCGUGUCCGAGCAUGGAAUCAAACACACCUUUAUUAGCCAGGUCAAAAGAGAAAACGCGGAGUAUCAACUACUGAAAGCAAAUGCGAACAAGUUCCUCGAUCAUGCAACCGCCGAGUACGACAAGAUUAUGUCGCACGCCCGUGCUGCCUUACCCCCACAGACACCCCUAAUGACCGAUGAGGAUGCGAGCACCACAAUCUCGAAUUCCCGCACCACUGCUGAGCGCCAAGCUGCAGCCAACCUCCUUGCAUUUGCUCGGCGGGAGCAUAUCACUCCUCCAGGUGCCAACGAUAGAAUGAGCUUGCUGAUUGACCAACUCCGUGCGAACGCUCCAGAGAUCCGCCCCACAGCCGACACUGAGAUAGCCUCGCUACAGGCCUUGAAGGAUCUCAUCGACCGGCGCAUCCGGGAUUUAUCGGCCCAACCACAAUAGUCAUAAACGACUAAAUCCCGGAUGCGCCGGUCGAUGCUCGGGCCCCGGCCCCACGAACAUCCUCUCUUCGGAGGAUGCAAGCGGCGCUCGAGAGACGACUGUUUGUUUUAUUUUUACUGUGGCACAUAAGCCACGCAUAUAUUAUUAUUAUGACGACGAUUUGAUACGAUAAUUUGUCUAUUUGCUGUGAUGUUAUUUUUAAGAGGCCUGCUGUUGCAUGUCGGACCACACA